GUGCAGCGACCCAUAAACCCGUCCAACCUCCUAUCAAGAGAGUUCACCAAGUCUAUCAUAGACAUGUCGCGGCGGAAUCCGUUUUUGAGGUUCGCAAGUCCAAAUGAGCGCCGCACAAUUAGUCGCGAAGACGUCGGGUUCUACAACGCGCUUGUCAUCGCAGCAGUAUACGAGGUUGGGAGUGAAGACAUAGACCUGAACUCGGCCCAGUCUUUCCUUUCACCUCUAAAAUCCUGUAUUCUGAAGCACCCAUACCUCAGCGUGGUGGUCAAGGAUAAGGAUACUGAAAAACCAGCCUACGAAGGGGUUUCGAGUAUAAGCCUCGAGCAACAUAUCUCGAUCAUUCACGACGAUGAGAUACAGAGUAGUGGAGAGACGGCAAUUUUGGAGAAGGUCCUGCCGCCAAUACUCGACCGACCAUGGCCGGCUGGCGUGCCCCCUUGGAGAAUCGUUGUCCUUCCUCUGGCGUCCCCUGAUGAGUCCAAAAUAGCGCGCUGCUUUAUUGCUUUUGCGUUCUCGCAUACACUGGGGGACGGCAUGGUCGGGCUCGCCUUUCAUCGCACUUUUCUAGACGCAUGGCGGGAGACUACUGGUGCCGAUAAAGGAGAAUCUUUCCUGGUGAUUCCACAGAGUCGAACGCUCCCGGAGCCCUUUGACACCCCCCAGAGGCUUCCCAUAUCCUGGAAGUUCCUCCUUGGACCGCUGGCAGCAGUAUUAUUGCCAAAGUUCCUGGCUGAACUGCUGGGACUCCGCGCAACUGCCAGCGCAGUCGACGCUGGCACUUGGACCGGCUCGCGCAUUUUCUUUGACCCGGCGUCCACGGACAACAGCAGGUUAAAGCUCCUCGAGAUCGAGGCUCCGCUACUACAAAAUGCCUUGCAAAUAUCUAGAAAGCAUGAUGCCAAACUUACCUCAACAUUGCACCAGUUGAUCAUUCGGGCGUUAAGCAAGGCCAUUCCCAACCGUGACGUAACUAACUUUGUCUCCACGACCGCUGUUGAUAUGAGAGGAUCUAUUGGCACUCCAGGCUACACGUGGGGGCUUUUUGUUUCUGGCCAUUACGACGUACAUCCGCGUGUACUCGAUGUAGCCCAGCCUGCAUUGUCGGAAGAGAUGUGGGCAGCUGCAAGCUCGAUGACCAAGAGGCUCGCCGAAUGCGCGACGAGGCUGCAGGAUCAAGCCAUCGGCCUGUUGAGAUAUGCACCUAGUAUCAGAAAUUGGAUGCUGGGGAAGGUUGGGCAGCAGCGGGAUUGCUCUUACGAAGUGAGCAAUUUAAUUGCCUUUGAUGGUAACAAUGGCGUUGCAAGUGAUAAAUGCAAGAUCAGCAAGAUGGUCUUCGUGCAGCCCGGAAAUGUUCCUAGUGGGCCUCUUGUUUUUAACGUUAUCAGUGUUAAGGGGGGUAGCUUAAUGUGCGCGAUAACCUGGCAAGCCGGAGCCUUGGGCGUGCCUAUAGAGGAGGAGAUACCCUUGGUUGAUGAUAUAUGUUCAUCACUUCGAGCGGAUUUUGAAGCCUUGCGGGAUUGAGAAUUAAUUAUCUAGAAUCAUCAUAUUGUUCUGCCAACCCGAAUUACAGCCUAAGGCCUGCUAUCAGCUAUCUAUGUACUUGAUUUACACUAGUGCGCUGAUUAUAAAAUCAUGUUAUAGAAUCAUGUGAUUACAUAACUGUACGAUGAGUCUUAUGUCUAUAUAUAUUGCUUAUUUUUCUAUUUGAUUAAGAGAUCAGACUUAUCCAGGCUGUGGCUUCACAAAUUCACAAUGCUAGCUUGACAAAAC